CCCGGUCGCCUUCAAUCCCUUCCCUAUAAGGGAAGAACGAAGAGGCGAACCCUCACUCACAGCCGAUUUCUCUCCAUUCAUCCUCGUCGGCGGUGUUCCGUGAUCGCCCUGUAGCAAAGGGGAGAGGCGACUGAUGGCGGACCCCCUCGACGCCCUCCGAGCCCUAAUGGCUUCCCACUCCCCGCCUCUCGAUGCCCUCGUCGUCCCCUCCGAGGACAACCACCAGAGUGAGUAUGUCUCCACGAGGGACAAAAGGCGUGCCUUCGUUUCCGGAUUUACUGGUAGUGCUGGUUUGGCUCUUAUAACAAUGAAUGAGGCAUUGCUAUGGACCGACGGACGAUAUUUCUUGCAGGCAACACAACAACUGAGUGAAAGAUGGAAACUUAUGCGAAUUGGAGAAGAUCCACCUGUUGAAAAUUGGAUGGCUGAUAAUCUACCACGCAAUGCUGCUAUAGGAUCAGAUCCUUGGUGUGUUUCUGUAGAAACUUAUCAGAGGUGGGAGCAGGCUUUCUUAAAGAAGAAACAAAAGUUAAUUCAGCCGUCCACUAAUAUGGUAGAUAUAGUAUGGAAAGACCGGCCUCCUGCCGAAAUUCUACCUGUUAACAUACACCCACCAGAAUUUGCUGGAUGUCCUGUAGCAGAAAAGUUAAAGGAUCUGAGAGCAAAACUAAUUCGUGAGAAAGCUUAUGGUAUAAUCAUCAGUUCACUUGAUGAGGUUGCUUGGUUGUACAAUAUUCGUGGAAAUGAUGUGGCUUAUUGUCCAGUAAUUCAUGCAUAUGCUGUUGUAACCUUGGACUCAGCUUUUUUUUAUGUGGAUAAGAGAAAAAUCUCUUCAGAGGUACUCCAUUAUAUGCUAGAAAAUAGAAUUGAUGUCCGGGACUAUGACAUUGUUGCCUCAGAUGUAAGCUUGCUUGCAUCUGGACAGCUUAUGGGGUCUUCUAGGAUCAUGUUAUCUGGAACUGAAUCCCAUGAAGCAAGCAAAAAUUCUAAUGGUGUGCUUGGAGAUGAUCGAAAUGCAGAGGAAGAGACCAAGCAUAAAAUCAUCUGGAUUGACCCCUUCUCAUGCAACCUUGCCCUUUUUUCAAAGCUGAUCCCUGAUCAAGUUUUCAUGCAGCAAUCACCUUUGGCUCUUGCAAAAGCUAUUAAGAAUCCAGCAGAACUGGAUGGUUUAAGAAAGGCACAUAUUCGAGAUGGUGCAGCUGUUGUCCAAUUUCUUGUUUGGCUGGAUAAACAGAUGCAAGAGAUCUAUGGAGCUUCUGGUUACUUCAGUGAACGAGAGGGGACACAUAAGAGAAAACAUUCUGAUACGUUGAAAUUGACAGAGGUAUCUGUGAGCGACAAAUUAGAAGGUUUUCGUUCUAAACAAGAAAACUUCAGAGGGCUGAGUUUUCCAACCAUUUCAUCAGUUGGUCCCAAUGCAGCAAUCAUUCACUAUUCUCCUGAAGCAGAUACAUGUUCCGAACUUGAUGCUGACAGCAUUUAUCUUUUUGAUUCAGGGGGACAGUAUAUAGAUGGAACAACCGAUAUAACCAGGACUGUGCAUUUUGGCAAACCUUCAGCUCAUGAGAAAUCAUGCUAUACUGCGGUCCUCAAAGGCCACAUUGCCUUGGGUAGGGCAAGAUUUCCAAAUGGAACCACUGGACAUGCUCUUGAUAUUCUCGCUCGGGUUCCUUUGUGGAAGAAUGGUCUCGAUUACCGCCAUGGGACUGGUCAUGGGAUUGGAUCUUACCUUAAUGUUCAUGAAGGCCCACAUCUAAUCAGUUUCAGACCUCAUGCUCGAAACGUGGCAAUUCAAGCAUCGAUGACAGUUACUGAUGAACCUGGUUAUUAUGAGGAUGGAAAUUUUGGUAUUAGAUUGGAGAAUGUUCUUAUAGUCAACAAGGCAAAAACAUCAUUCAACUUUGGUGAAAAAGGUUAUUUAGAGUUUGAGCACAUAACUUGGGCACCAUACCAGAAGAAACUGAUGGAUUUGACAUUGCUGACUCCUGAAGAAAUUGAAUGGAUAAAUCUCUACCAUUCCGAUUGCAGAGAGGUUUUAGCACCAUACAUGAACGAGCAGGAGACGGAAUGGCUUAAGAAAUCAACCGAGCCCAUCAUCAUAGCCAGCUGAAGCUGCUCGAGGCUCUUAUCAGCAUACUAUUCCAUGCAUGUGGAUCCGUUGCCUGCAUCAAUAAUCUUCGAGUGGCUCUAAGAUAUCUUGAAACAGACAAAACUGUCUUUUAUGUAGUGUCCUUCCUCGUUUGAGAAUAAAGUUAUAUAUACUCCGUGGUAGUUCGACAAUAGAUCUGGGUGAAGGUCUUGUCGGCGUUCAACAAUUGAACUUUAGGCGUGCAUGAGAGAGUGCAGAAUGAACUUUUAAUAAUUAUAUGUUUUCUAGAUGGAUGUUAAUCGCAAUCGAAUGGUCCAAAUUUACACUA